GCCAUAUAAGCACAAAGGCAAAGGCAUCAUAAAGGAAUUAAAAAUCCUCAUCAUCAAGUCCUAGCAACUAUUCUUAUCAGAAAACAGAAAAAGAAAACCGCCCAGAAAACUAAUCAUAUAUCAAGUUCUUGAAAAAUUUCCAUUAGAGAAAAAUACAUGGCAGAUAGUUCAGUAUCGUUUUUAUUGGACAAACUGUCUUUGUUGCUACAAGAAGAAGUGAAUCUUCAGAGAGGGGUACGUGAAGAUGUUCAGCACAUCAAAUAUGAACUAGAACUCCACAAGGGCAUCUUAAGGAUGGCUGACGCUAUGGAACACAAAGACCCUGAACUCAAAGCAUGGGUUAAACGAGUGAGAGAUGUUGCUCAUGACAUGGAAGAUGCUAUAGAUGAGUUCAACUUUCGCCUUGUUGAUCAACAUGGACAAGGCAACAAUUCUUCUUUUCACAAGUUUAUCUUUGGCAUCAAGACAAUGAAGGCCCGGCACAGAAUUGCUUCAGAUAUCCAAAGUAUCAAGUCCAAAGUGGACAUUAUAUCCCAGGGACGACCAAACAUGCCUGGGAUAGGCUCAAGCUCAAGUCAACGGUUGUCACCAAGGGUUGAUAGCCAAGGAGAUGCACUUUUGCUUGAAGAAGCUGAUCUAGUCGGUAUUGACAAACCCAAAAAGCAAAUCAGUGACUUGCUUUUCAAUGAAGAAGUGGGUAGGGCUGUGAUUCCCAUUUAUGGGAUGGGAGGGUUGGGAAAAACCACCUUGGCAAAACAAGUCUAUGAUGAUCCAAAAGUGAAGAAGCGUUUCAGGAUUCAUGCUUGGGUUAAUGUCUCUCAGUCUUUUAAACUAAAAGAGCUUCUGAAAGACUUGGUUCAACAGCUCCACAAUGUCAUAGGCAAACCAGCCCCGGAAGCAGUUGGGCAAAUGACAAGUGACAAUCUCAAAGAGGUGAUCAAGAGCUUGCUUCAGCGAAGCAGGUACCUCAUUGUGCUGGAUGAUGUGUGGCAUGUUAGGGCAUGGGAUUCUAUCAAACUUGCUUUGCCAAAUAACAACCGUGGUAGUAGAGUGAUGCUUACCACACGCAAGAAAGACAUAGCUUUGUAUUCCUGUGCUGAAUUGGGCAAGGAUUUUAACCUUGAAUUCUUGCCUGAGGAAGAGGCUUGGCGUCUUUUCUGUAAGAAAACAUUUCAGGGUAACUCAUGCCCUCCUCAUCUGGAGGAAGUUUGCAGGAAUAUCUUAAAAAUGUGUGGGGGGUUACCACUAGCAAUUGUGGCAAUUGGUGGUGCUUUGGCUACAAGAGGCAGGGCUAACAUAGAAGAGUGGCAGAUGGUAUGCAAAAGUUUUGGCUCUGAGAUUGAAGGCAAUGACAAACUGGAGGACAUGAAGAAAGUCCUUUCCCUCAGUUUCAAUGAUUUGCCUUACUAUCUUAAAUCAUGCCUGUUUUACCUAUGCAUGUUUCCUGAGUUUCAUGCAAUUGAGCACGCGAGAUUGGUUCGCUUGUGGAUAGCUGAAGGGUUUGUGAAUGGAGAAGAUGGAAAGACACUUGAGGAAGUUGCAGAUAGUUACCUCAAGGAGCUUUUGGACAGAAGUCUGCUGCAAGUGGUAGCAAAAACCAGUGAUGGAAGGAUGAAGACUUGUCGCAUGCAUGAUCUGUUGAGGGAGAUUGUGAAUCUGAAGGCAAAGGAUCAGAACUUUGCAACAAUAGCCAAAGACCAAGACAUAAUCUGGCCAGAGAAAGUUCGACGUUUAUCAAUCAUAAACACAUUGGAUAAUGUGCAACAAAAUAGGACCACAUUCCAACUUCGGUCUCUGCUGAUGUUUGCCUUAUCAGAUUCACAAGUGCAUUUUUCUAUAAGUGCAUUGUGUUCUACUGGUUACAAGUUACUCAGGGUGUUAGAUUUGCAGGAUGCACCUUUGGAAGUUUUUCCUGCUGAAAUUGUCAGCCUUUACCUUCUCAAAUAUCUCAGUUUGAAGAAUACAAAGGUAAGAAACAUUCCAGGUUCCAUUAAGAAGCUGCAGCAGUUGGAGACAUUGGAUCUUAAACACUCCUAUGUCACUGAAUUGCCAGUUGAAAUUGUGGAGCUGCAACGGCUACGCCAUCUCUUGGUGUACUUUUAUGAGAUUGAAUCCUAUGCUUUUUUCCAUUCAAGGCAUGGCUUCAAGUUGGCUGCACCAAUAGGAAAAAUGCAAUCUUUGCAGAAACUAUGUUUUAUACAGGCAGACCAAGCUUUGAUGAUUGAGCUAGGAAAACUCACUCAACUAAGGAGGCUUGGAAUUAGAAGGAUGAGGCAACAAGAUGGGGCUGCUUUGUGUUCUUCCAUUGAGAAGAUGGUCAAUCUCCUCUCAUUGUCCAUAACUGCAAUUGAAUAUGAUGAGAUCAUUGAUAUUCACAACAUUUCCAGGCCUCCUCAGUAUCUCCAGAAGUUAUACUUGAGUGGACGUUUGGACAAGUUUCCUCACUGGAUAAGUUCUCUCAAGAAUCUGGUUCGAGUGUUUCUCAAAUGGAGCCAGUUAAAGGAGGAUCCUCUGGUGCAUCUUCAGGAUUUGCCAAAUCUAAGACACCUUGAGUUUCUUCAAGUUUAUGUUGGUGAGACACUGCAUUUCAAGGCUAAAGGGUUUCCUAGUCUGAAGGUGUUAGGCCUUGAUGAUUUAAAUGGACUGAAAUCUAUGACCGUGGAGGAGGGAGCAAUGCCUGGCCUUAAAAAGCUCAUCAUCCAGCGCUGUAGUUCAUUCAAGCAGGUACCAUUAGGCGUUGAGCACCUGAUCAAACUGAAAUCAAUAGAGUUUUUUGAUAUGCCUGAUGAAUUGAUUACAGCACUGAGUCCAAGUGGAGGUGCGGAUUAUUGGAGAGUGCAACAUGUUCCAGCAGUUUAUUCCUCUUAUUGGAGGGAUGGUGGUUGGGAUGUCUUCUCAUUAGAUACUUUAGGAGACAGAGAGAGUGAUUCCAGUCGUGGUUCUGCAAUGAGAAAUCUUGAAAUUUGUACACUCUGGAAGGUUUAACUUUAUUUUUUCUUUUAACAUACUGCAUCUGCAAGUGAUGGCAAUAUUUUUGUCUUACAUCAGCUUGAAUAUUUGUUUUUUGCAGUCACCUCUGACUGCAAAUCUCUUCAAGUUUCAAUCAAAUAAAGUGGGGAGCAUAAUUCAUUUAUUGAAUAUCAA